CUUUGUACAUCUUCUCUUCAAUUCAUCCUCAUUCACUUUCUAUAGUCUCUCUCUCUCUUUCUCUAAACUUUCACCAAAGAGAGAUGGCCAAGGGAAGAGGCAGUGCAUCAUGGUCGGCUCGAGCCAUAGUGACUCUUAUGGUUGUGUCAGUGUUAUUGCUUCAAGCUGACUACGUUCAAGCUGCAACUUACACGGUCGGAGACUCUGGUGUCUGGACCUUUAACGCUGUGGGUUGGCCUAAAGGCAAACACUUUAGAGCCGGCGACGUUCUUGUGUUUAACUAUAAUCCGAGGAUGCACAACGUAGUGAAGGUAGAUAGUGGAAGUUACAACAACUGCCAAACACCGGCAGGGGCGAAAACUUACACUACAGGCAAAGAUCGUAUAACUUUGUCUAAAGGACAACACUUCUUCAUCUGCAAUUUUCCAGGCCAUUGUGAAAAUGCUAUGAAAAUCGCAGUCACCGCGGUUUGAUCGAAUACCGAGCAAUGAAAAUAGUAUGAUCCCUUGUUAUGUUCUUGAGAAAAUAUUUAAGUAUGCAAUAAAGUUUGUCUCGAAACCUUAAAUUAAUGUUUGUUUCUUAUAUUCUUUCCUGAAAAAAACAUCCGGUGCGGUCUCUCUAGAGAACCAGACUCGGUUUUGUAGUUUGGAAGAUCCUCUGUUAUGCAGAUUCAAACCGACCUCGUUUAAAUA